GAACGUCACAAUUUCCGACCCACGUUGCUAAACUAGCUAAGGGCUAAAUCGGAAUCCUGACUCCGGCGUCUGCAAAUGGCGAACGGAUGCAAAGAGGUGUUAUUUGCCCGUGGAACUGGACAGAGUGAUGAUUCAGACAUCUGGGAUGACACCGCACUUAUAAAGGCAUACGAUAAAGCAGUAGCAUCUUUCAAGACUGCUCUAAAAGGCGAAGAUGAAUCACACGCGUCAAAGAAAAACCAACCAGGAAAGAAACGAAAGAACAAUAAAAAGAACCAGAGCAGAAAACGUACCAAUGCACCACCUGAUAAAGAGUGGCAGGUUGGGGACUCUUGUAGUGCUUACUGGUCAGAAGAUGGCCAGCUCUAUGUGGCCACCAUCUCCUCCAUAGACCAAGAGAGAGGCACUUGUGUAGUUGUUUACACUGGUUAUGGUAAUGAGGAGGAGCAGAACCUUGACGACCUGCUGUUGGAGAUUUCAGAGGCUGAUGAAGCAGCAAAUCCUAAGGAAAAAGUGGAAGAAUCUUCUACAGAGGAGAGUGACAGGUCGUCCACACCAAACCAACACAAACAGCAUCCACACGGUAAAACCCAGAAGUCCAAAGCUCACAAACACCCAUCUUCUAUGUGGCCUCCCGGUUUCCCCGGGUUUCCCCCUGGACCUCCUCCAAUGCAUGAUUUUGGACAUAGGGAAAACAGACGAUCUGCUGGUCAUGGACCUGUACCUCCAUCCUGGCCUCCGAUGAUGCCUUUUGGUCCUCCUAUGAUCCCUCCACCUCCACCAAUGAGUCCCGACAUGGUGGAUGAUGAAGCCUUGGGUAGUGUGCUCAUAUCCUGGUACAUGAGCGGAUAUCACACAGGAUACUACCUGGGUUUGAAACAAGGACGGAAAGAGGCAAACAAGUGGACAAAGCUGCACCACAAGUGAACAUCUCCAGUGUAGUUUGACUGUGGGCCUCCGACGGACCGUGAAACAAAAGUCUGAGUUAUGUUCUCAAGAAAUCUUUGAAGAUAAUGUUUUGUAUUCUUUGUAAAUAGACUAAAUAAAAAUUGUGAAAGUUU